AUGGAUGGUCGUUCUACCAAUGCCUUGACAACUCUUUGCUCUACAGUAGCGCAGCGGGCAAUUGCCAUCCUCCAUGAGGUGCAGCUCCUGAUCGAGCCGCUGGGCUCAGGCCUGGACAAGCUCGAAGCGCUAUUGGAAUUGAAUACUUCGCUGGAGGAGCUCAAACUCCAGGCAUCUCAGCUGGAUGCUUCUCUCGCCGCUUCCACUGUCUCCAUGGCAGCACACGAUGCCUUCAAGCAGCAUCUCACAAACUGCGAUGGAACAAUGGCAGUCUUGUACAAGCAGAUACUGCGUCUACAGGUAGACAAUAUCGAAUUCAUUAACAGCGAGUUUUUGGCAGUAUAUGACCGGACUGUCAAGGCAAACAGCCAGCUUUUGACAGGCUUUCUUCAAGUUGUUGCAGCAGGAAAUGCGCAGCAGCAAGAGGCCAGUCUCAACCUAUUGCGCUCCAGCGGCAUCAUCACACAAGUCGAGCGCGCAUCAGAAGCAUCAACAGCGCAAAAAAGCAUCCUACUCGAUCCAAUCGAAUCAUCAUCCGCGACAGGAAGCGGUAGCUCUUCCAAUCCGCCACCAGCCCAACCAGCAAGCGCAGUUGCCCAGCCUCCGCCUUACACCGCCGAGGUCGAACCACCAUCAUCUUCUUCCUCAAGCCCUGAGCCCGCAAAGCUUUCGUGGGGACAAUCCUUGAAAAACUCAUUCAAAGCUCUAGCCGUGGCUUUCAAGCCAAAGCCAGAACCCUUUGUCUCCGCAUUAUGUCAAGCCGCAACCAUUGGCGACAUUCAGCAGAUAGCAGGAUUCCUCACCCAGGGAGCAAACAUCAAUGGGCGCAACGAAAACAACAAGACUGCUCUGCAGUGCGCCAUCUUGAACGACCAAGAAGACGCUUCUCGCCUGCUUCUCGCAUCAGGAGCGAGCAUUUCUGGCUCUGGGUGGUCUGAUAUCCCGCCGCUCUUCCUUGCGGCGUCUGUAGGCAGCCUCAACACUGCCAAGAUGCUCAUCGAGAAAGGAGCAAGCAUUGACGAAAAGACUGAAUGGGGGGAGUCAUACUUUGUCGGCGUGGUUACUUCCGGCAACAUGGAAGGCAUCCGCUUCCUCCUGAAGCAAGGCUGCAGCGCAAAAACAGAAAACAUCAGCGGCGAAGCGGUUAUUGUAAAGGCAGUGCAAGGCAAGAAUAUGAAACUCGUGGAGCUGCUUUUGGAAUUCGGCGCGAGUCUUACUUCCACCGACCUUUCCGGUCGCAGCUUAUUAGCCGUAGCCCUCGACAAGAAGGAUCACGAAAUGGCAGAGCUGCUCCUGAAAAUGGAUGCCAAGCCCAACGACUCAACCGUGUAUGGUAACCCUUUGCUGGCCGACGAGAUUAGCAACCGAAGAAUCAAGACGGCGAAGCUAUUGCUCGACUGGGGCGCAGAUCCCAACACCACAAACUGGUACUCGCAGCCAGUCCUCCUCAUAGCCAUCAGAGACUCCAAAAUGUCACAAGAAGACAAGCUCGACAUUGUGCGCCAUCUCCUCGCCAAAGGCGCAAAAGGAAACGUUUGCGAUUCCUCCACCGAAGCUUCCGCAAUCCGCUUCGCCAUGGAAUCAGGCCUCCCCGAGCUCGUGUCCCUCCUGCUUCGACAUGGAGCCAAGACCACGGAUCAAAUGUCAAACGGCGACUCGCUCCUAAAGUAUGCCAUCGACCAAGGCAGAAGAGACCUUGUAGAAACGCUGCUCCUCUACGGGGCUGAUCCGGACUACACUCCUGCGAAGAAUGGCAUCAAGCCCGUCAAGCCGCUUGUUCAAGCGCUUGUGAAGCAGGACUUUGAGAUGAUUUGCCUGCUUAAAGAGGCUGGUGCGGACACGAACACGCCGGAGGUAAGGGACGUGGCCAAGGCAUUGGGCAAGGCUGAGGUCUAUGAAGCGCUUGGUAUUCGUCACAUGCCGCCUCCAGGAGAUGGCAGUCCUCCAUAUUAUAGUAUGGCAACCAAAAUCAAUUGA